AUGGGUAGCUUUUGGGACGCAUUCGCAGUAUACGAUAAGAAAAAACACGCAGAUCCAAGUGUGUAUGGAGGAAACCAUAAUAACACUGGAGACAGCAAAACACAGGUCAUGUUUUCAAAAGAGUACCGCCAACCCAAGACACACCAGCAGGAAAACUUACAGAACAUGAGGAGAUCGUCAAUGUCUUCGCAGGACAGUUCUGACGUUGAAGACGUUAAAGAGGGCAGGUUACCCGCAGAAGUCGAGAUACCCAAGAACGUUGACAUUUCAAACAUGUCUCAAGGCGAGUUUCUCAGGCUUUACGAAAGUUUGAGGAAGGGAGAACCUGAUAACAAGGUUAAUAGGUAG